AUGUUGUCAGCUCCUGUAAGGUCGGCCAAGCGCAUAUCGUCCCUCUUUUCAUUGGGGUCAAACAAAGAUGGUUCUCUCUCUUCAUCACCAGUCUCUCCGAGCUUGCCGAAGCACUCGCCCGACCAAUACCCGCAGGAUGUACAGCAACGCCCGCGGAGCAGCUCCCGCCCCGCGCGAUUAGUGUCCAACCCUCAGUCCGACUAUUCAGAUACCCGGAGCAUCAGAACGACAGGUCCCAUCGAUCAAUUCGACUUGGAUGAGCCUCUCCCUCCGCCUCCAUCGCUCCUGGCCGUGAACCAGGAUCUUGCCAACAGCGUCAACAAUUCCCCCGAUGGCAGACCGCAGAGCAGAGGCAGACCCUCCAGCUCGGGGGGGUUAUUCGUUCCCGGAACUGGACCGGAUUCGCGCCCGGGGACCCCUUCGAAACGACGGAGCUGGAUCCCGGGACGAGCGCGAGCGAGCUCUGUAGAUGCUAGACCCCAGACUACAAAUGUUAAGAUGCCGAGUGCUUGGAUCGCCGGGUUGGAUCAGAAGAUCCUGUAUGAUGUGGGCCCUUUGAUCAGGGGCGAACAGGUUCCGGAAUUGUGGAAUGACAGUGGUGACACCUACGUCUACCUGUUCCCCCAAAACACGGGACGGUCACCCUCGUUCAGAGUCCAUUCAACCAUUUUCGCUGAAUCACCGUCCCUCACAUUCCUUGCCCGGGGCACAGACCCGAACAGAGUUAACGACCUGGAGCAACAAGCACGCUCCAUGUCAUUGAGUAGUCCUAUGACCGGUCCUGCCUCACCUCCCCUGACUCCUCAGGACCAAUACGCCGACGACGAUAAUGACAGCACCGGCAGUAGGCGGAUGGCCUUUGUGGAUGAUGAGGGGUUGGACGAGUUCCAAGAGCUUCAUCUGUACCUUCCAAUUCCUCUGAACAGCGAUUUGUCCAGCCCCGACAGUCAAAUUUCGCCAGAGGACACCGAGACUCUCCUUUUAUUCCGCAAUCUCUUCGCCUUCCUCCUGGGCCAAUCCCUGAUCGCUACUCCCCGGUCACCCACGCUCUUCUCGAUCUUCAUGGACGUGGCCAGUCUGCUGUCUCGCUUCGAGUUCAGCAAUUUUGACGGAACGAAUUUCGGCGAAACGGCCACUAGCAGCUUCAGCAACUACUGCGACGAACUGCACCUUGACGAUGUUCGGAAAAGCCGAGAAAAGACCAUUGAGGCCAUCGUGCUGGGAGAACGUCUGCGCUUCUUUCCACUGUAUCUCGAGGGCUUCGUCCACGGUGUCGGUAAGCUGGACGAGCUGAAGCAGCUGCGGAGUCCCAAGUUCAGUCUCAUCAGCCCCGUCACCCAGAAACGGAUGGAACGUGGCUUCAUCGACCUGGAUACUCGCCUUCGAGUCUUGCAUAGCAAACUGAACGAGUUUGAUUUCCCUUCGGUGUUCUCCGGGGUGGCCAACUCGACUACGUCCGCGGAGAGCAAGGUCGUUCGAUUCAAGCUCUGGAAGGCCGCAUUUAUGGAGUUCAGACGGUUUACCGUGCACUACUACCGACAAAAGUACGGCUCAUGGCCACCAAAGGCCCGGUCGAAGAAGAACCAAUUUGAAGAGAGCGGGCUCAACCGCCAGGUCUUGAAGGACCUGUACGACGACUUUGCCAAUCUGUACGACAUGUUGGUCGAUCGGACCGCCCUGACCACCCGAACUGUGGACAUGGCGGCCCUUGAAACGGUCGGGUCGGAAGACACGCAGGAAAUCAUGCUCCGUGCCCUCCGCCAGGUGUUGAGUGAGUACGACCGGGCCACGCCGCCGGUUCAGCCACCUAUCCCAUUCGACGUUCCCCAGUUCCCGUCGUUGGACUCGCUGCAGCUGAAGGCUGUGGACCCCAAGAAGGAGGCCAAGCGAAGGGCCAAGAAAUUGAGAGACUCUGACAUCAAUGCCGUGCUCAUGGGCUCGUACACGCGCGAGAGUAUGCGGCCGACCCCGUUUAUCGAAGCCUUUAUGCAAUUCGAACGGCGCUGUGCGCACGGCAAGAAUGUUGAAGAUCUCAUCGAUCUUCGCUGCGGUCAGUGGAUCUUUCUCUACUGUGUGAUCCAAGCUCUACCGCUGCUCGUCGUUGAUGUACAGGAUGUCAAGUACACCGAGGGCGUGGAGUAUCUGCUGUGCAUCGCACCCCGCGGUGGUGCACCCUGGAUCCACAACGAUGGCAAGACAGCACGGAGCUGGUUUGGUGUUGCCGGCGGAGCUGGGGUGGUCAGCCUGCCCUCGGACGUCGUGGUCAACGGCGUCGAGGGUAUCUACCGCCGCAGUCAUUGCUGGCAGGUCGCCGAGCAAUGGGCCGAGAAGGACGCCAUUUUGGGGCCUCCGACCAUCGAAGACCCCUAUGACAACGAAUCCUCGCUAUCUUCGCCCUACCAGGGACAGCCGUCGUCGGGCGGUUCGUCCACUGAGCAAACCCAGCAGCCAACGCAACUCCUGGGUCCCAACGGUCUCACACCACCACCGCCUCCGGUGAUUCCUCGCACCAGCUCACCCGCUGCGCGAGCCCGAGCCGAGCAUCGCCAUUCCAUUUAUCCGGGUCUCGAGGCCCUCCCGUUGCCCGCUGGAGUUGCGCCCGUUGAUCCACCGGCGAGGCCCGUCAGCCGGUUCAACCCCAACAUGAGCUUCGAUGAUAUUCUGAAGCAGGUUCCCAAUCAAAGAGCAAAAAAAUGA